AUGGGUUCCGCGAUAUCCAGCCCGGCAGUGUGCCAGUCUCAGCCCGCCACCGCCGCCUCCCGUCCAGCUCGCCGCUCUUGGCGAUCCGCUUUCGCUCGCUCAUCCACCAUUGCAUUUUUGCGGCAGGCGAUCCUCAUUGGUCGCCUUGAGAUACAAGAGGGAUGCGAGACAUACAUGUUCGGACAGUCUCGGAGCGAGAGCCAGAACAUUGUCUAUCUAUACGUCAACGAUGAACACUUUUGGAACAGAGUCUUCGCAAACGGAGAUCUCGGAUUUAGCGAGGCAUACAUGGUUGGCGAAGUCCAAGUCGAAGCCGACAACCUCAAGGGUGUAUUCGAUUUAUGGCUCGAUAAUGAAUCUACCAUGUCGGGAUUGUCAUCUGGCAUCAACAAGAUCACCUCCGCUUUGUCCGGUCUCUCAAAUGCAUUGUUUGGACAGACACUUAGCCAAUCACGACUCAACGUUAUCGCGGCAUACGACCAGAGCAACGAUCUAUUCCAGGCGUUCCUUUCACGAGAAAUGAUGUACUCUUGUGCGUACUGGGGUCCAAACGAGGGCGGUGUCCGCGGCGACCUCGAUCUCCAGCAUCUCCAUGCCCCAUACGGCGCCAUCUCCUCGGCCUCUUCAUCAACGGAAACCCUCAUAGACGACUUCAUCUCGUAUAAACCCAAAUUCUCCUCUCGUCUAGAUGAUUUAGAAGCAGCGCAGCAUCGCAAGAUCCACCACGCGCUCAAAAAGCUCCGCCUGCGGCCCGGCGACCGGCUGCUCGAAUUCGGUAGCGGCUGGGGAGCGUUGGCGAUCGAGGCCUCACGAACCUAUUCCUGCUUGGUGGACACUCUCACGCUGUCAAUGGAACAGAAAAGGCUUGCCGAAGAGCGGAUCCGCGAGGCCGGGCUCGAGGACCGAAUCCGAGUCCAUCUGAUGGACUACCGAGACAUGCCCGCCGAAUGGAAAUCGGCGUUCGACGCCUUUGUCAGCAUCGAGAUGUUGGAGCACGUCGGCUCUCAGCACUACAACACCUAUUUCAAGCUGGUCGACUGGGCGCUCAAGCCAUCGAACGCUAGGGUCGUCAUCAGCUCCUCGACUUUCCCAGAAAGUCGCUACACCGGGUAUCAACCCGAAGACUUCAUGCGCCGCUACAUGUGGCCUAACUCAUGCCUCCCCUCCGCGACGGUGCUCGUCACCUCUGCCCAAUACGGCUCGUCCGGCCGAUUCACCCUCGAGUCGGUCGAGAACCACAGCGCGCACUACCCGCGCACGCUCCGCGAAUGGGGACGGAGGUUGGAGCAGAACCUGCGGCCGUCGGAUCUCGGUCUGGGCCAGGACGAGGAGAAACAGGGCGGCGCGACCGUUACCGGGGGCCGAAACACCAGCGAGGAUGACGUGAAGCUGACCCUCCGGUUACCAUCGUCGAGCUCCUCCAACGGGCAAGCAGACUUCGAUGCGAUCAAAAGGAAAUGGCAGUACCUGUUCGCGUACGCAGCGGCCGGAUUCGCGAAAGGCUAUAUCACUUGCCAUAUGAUUUCGUUUUCGAAGAAUGAUCAGCCGCCUGUUUGCGCGUGA